AUGUCCGGGUCAUUCUGGAAGUUUAGUAAUGGCAUCACGUCGUUCUCGAACAUUCUGUCGAUUUUGGACGGGUACAACUCGCGGGAUCAAACAUUGAAAUCUGACCUGUCAGAUUGUGACUCGUCACAUCCGUCAACUUCGUCAACAUUGGACGUUUUACUUUUACUUUUGGAUGAGAACGAUUUGCUCCAGGAACUUCUUUCAAACAAUGCGUUGGUGCUUGAGUUCUUGCGGGACGAGAAGGUGCUCAGUUUGUUGGUUGAUUUGGUGAUCCACGAUGGUCAUUUGGAGGAGACAAAAAGAUUACUGGUUCAAAUGACUGAUUUGAGUAUCGGAAAGGAUGAAGAGAAGACGGAUGAAGGGAAGACAGAAGCUGACACUGAAAAGGUUGAAGUUGAUUCCGAGAAGACUGAAGGUGACUCGGAGAAGACCGAUUGUGAUAAGGCUGACUCUGACAAGGCUGACUCUGACGACUCCGACGCUGAAGCUGACUCUGAUUCUGAGGAGACGGAAAUGAUAGAAUCGGAGGAAGAAGAAUCAGAUGAAGAAAUGGCUACCAGAAGAGCAACUCUCGCUGCCGAGAUUCUUAGUGCCGAUGUUUGGUCGUUAACCGAUACCGUGAUGAUUUCCACGGAGAAUUUGAACCGAUUAUGGUCGAUUCUCGAUUAUAAAGAGCAUCUUUCCAUCAACUUGUCGACGUAUUUCAUGAAGAUUAUGGAACAUUUGUUAGACAUGAAGUGUGACGAGAUGAUCACGUAUUUGAUUGAAAACCAACUGUCAUUGGUGGAGAAGUUCAUGAACCAUUUGUCUAAUCCUCCAUUGAUGGAUUUCUUGCUAAAGUUGAUAUCAACCGAUAAACCAGACAAUUCUACGGGGAUCAUUGACUUUUUACAGAAACAAGAUCUUAUUACUCACUUAAUUAAUGCUUUGGAUACGAAUGAUCAUGAUGGACUGAUGGGUGAUCAUGAACUGACAGAAACUGACGAUGACCACCUGGCAGUUGAUCAUGAUGACUCAAUUAUCAGACAAAGUUCAGCUGCUGACCUUUUAAAAGCUCUCAUUACCAUUUCAGCCAAUUCAACUGCUGAUAAUUCCACUAUCGGACCUAAUGAAUUGACUAGAGAAUUGGCUUCGUAUGAUCAAAUGAAGCGAUUAUGCGACAUUAUGCUUAAAGGUGGCUACGCCUUGGCCAAUGGAGUGGGGAUCAUUAUAGAGAUCAUUAGAAAGAACAACUCGGAUUAUGAUGUCAUGCCUGUGUUGUACAUUACGGUUGAUAGCCAUCCUCCAAACGGUAGAGACCCGAUUUAUUUGGGACAUUUACUCCAAGUUUUCGGUGAUAAUAUCGACAAUUUCAAUAAACUUUUGGUCGAUGAACAUGAAAGAGGAGCCUUGAAAACUCCCUUUGGAGAAAUCGAACCACUUGGGUUUGAAAGAUUCAAAAUAUGUGAAUUGAUAGCAGAAUUGUUACAUUGUUCCAAUAUGCAGCUAUUAAAUGAUACUAAAGGGUUUGAUAUUGUGAAGGAAAGAGAUGAAAUGAGAUUUAAAAUGAAAGAAUAUGAUCCAAUAAGUUUCAAAUAUAAUGAAACCAUUACCCUCCCAGAAGACGUAGUGGGUAGCCCCGCAGGUGGUAUCUCUAGUAAUAAUAAUUUGACUACCACUAAUUCUGGUACAACCACCACUAAUAACGAUGGGUUUACUGAUGAUUAUGUUAAUGAUACUAUUGAGUCGUUUAACGAAAGCUUGCAUAAUGAAACGUAUGAUGAAGAUACAGAAGAAAGUCAUGUCAAUGCGAAUUUGACCGAGGAACAACUCCGAGUCAAUCCAGUCAUUGGAGAUCAUUUGAAAAUUGCUCUUUAUGAUACUCAAAUUGUAUCCAAUAUCUUGGAGAUGUUCUUCAAGUUCCAAUGGAACAAUUUUUUACAUAAUGUGGUGUUUGACAUUGUCCAGCAAGUGUUGAAUGGGUCUAUGGACAUUGGAUUCAAUAAGUUUUUGGCCAUUGACUUAUUUGACUCGGGAGAAAUCACCGAGAAAAUUGUCCGAGGUCAACAGCUAUGUGCUGAUUAUGAACAGACUCACAAUGGUCUUAGAUUGGGAUACAUGGGACAUUUGACGUUGAUUGCCGAAGAGGUGGUCAAGUUUAUUCAAUCUUUCCCACCGCAUAGCUUGAGUGAACUCAUAGAUCGUCGUAUCGAAAGUCAACAAUGGGAAGAUUAUGUCACCGACAUCCUUUUGGAUACCCGAGAAAAGUACAAUGCCAUAUUAGGAGGUUGUGAAGAAGAUGAAGAUGUCACCAAUGACACCACCACCUUUGAUGAAGGUGUGGGUGAGAUCUUGGAUAAUUCUGGCUUCAAGAUUGAAUUUGAACUGAAUGAAGAAAAGGUUCUUGAUCAUGGUGUCCAUCUUGUUCGAGAUGAUGAUGACGAUGAGGAAGAAGAAGAAGCAGAUGAUGAUGAUGAAGAAGAACAAGCCAUUGAAAAUGAUAAUAAUGAACAUAAUGAUGAAGAUCAUCUUUUAGGUCAAGAUAUAUCGUCACCUUUAGGCUUAUUAACUUCAUCUCCAGCUCCACACAAUGAAUAUUUGAUACCAGAUGAAGUCAAAUCUGAUGAUAGUGGAUCAGAUGAUGAGUUUUCCAAUUAUUUUUCUACUCAAGUGCAUACCAAAUCCAAUGCUGAAUCCCCAUUGGUGAAAAGCAGCGCUGGAUUGAUGGAUGACGAUUCCAGUGAUGAUGAAGAAGAACAACCCAUGACAUAUAAUAAUGAUAAUGACGAGGAUUAUAUUGACCCUAAUGACGAUGGUUUAUCGUAUAAAAAAAGUAACUCGUUGUAUGAUGCACAAGGAGAACUUCUUUCAAGUUUCAGUCAUCAAGAGAAUGCCGAUGACCAAGACUUCGCUCCUGAAGAGCAACCUAAUGAUGCUGAUGAUAAUGCUGAUGAUGAUGAUGAUAAUAAUAAUGAUAUUAUUGAUGCAAAGGAAGACAUUAAACAACCACAGAUUAAACAAGCAACCAAAAAGAACCAUAAGAAGAAUAAUAAUAAUAAAAAAAAGAAGACAUGA